UUAGAUUAGAAUUAAUCAGAGUGUAACAGUCUAACAAACUUUUGAUUAUCUGGUAACAUACCCCAUAAAGUGACUUUUUGAUAGAAGAGAGUUGCAGGGCGACUUCCAGGCACCCUCUAAAGACCUUCCUCUUUCUUUGUAAUCGUUUGAAUUUGUUUUUAAAAUUCCUCUCGUUAUUUUUUUGCUUUCUCUUUCUUCUUCCUCUUUCUUCACUUUCUAGGAAACUUGUCAAUUUCCCAUGUGUUAAUACUAUAAUUUUUUUAUCAAUUCCUUUCAUACUUAAUUGGGUUUUAUUGUUUAAUUUUGUUCUUGCUAUAACUAGUAGCUCUGUGAUCUUGGUUCAAUUUCCUCUGCUUUUUUUUUUUUUUUUUUUUUUUGUUGCUGAUUUGGUGCAAAACUCAGAUGGGUAAUUGCUUUGGUUCUUCUGCACAAGUGGAUAAUUUCAACUCUAAUCCUACUUCUGCCUCAGGAGCCUCAAAAGUUGGUAGUGGUGGAGGGAUAAGCCACUCCUCGAACUUGUCUAGUUCGGUUGUCUCAGCACCAAGUGUCAAAAGUAUCAAUCAAAGUCUUCCGACUCCAAGAUCCGAAGAUGAAAUAUUGUCGUCUCCUGGUUUGAAGGCCUUCUCCUUCAAUGACCUUAAAACCGCCACCAAAAAUUUCCGUCCUGAUAGCCUAAUUGGAGAAGGUGGUUUUGGUUAUGUUUUCAAGGGGUGGAUUGAUGAGCAUACUCUCUGUCCUUCAAGACCUGGAUCUGGAAUGGUUGUUGCAGUCAAGAAGCUUAAACCUGAAGGUUUCCAGGGUCACAAAGAGUGGUUGACAGAAGUAAAUUAUCUUGGCCAACUACAUCAUGCUAAUCUGGUGAAACUUAUUGGGUAUUGCGUUGAAGGUGAAAAUCGACUCUUGGUAUACGAAUUUUUGCCCAAGGGAAGCCUAGAAAAUCAUCUGUUCAGACGGGGGCCUCAGCCAGUCUCCUGGGGAACAAGGAUUAAAGUGGCAAUCGGUGCUGCUGAAGGACUCUCUUUCCUUCAUGAUGCUGAAUCACAAGUCAUUUAUCGUGAUUUCAAGGCAUCAAAUAUCUUGCUAGAUGCUGAGUUUAAUGCGAAGCUAUCAGAUUUUGGGUUGGCAAAAGCUGGGCCCACAGGAGAUCGUACUCAUGUGUCAACUCAGGUCAUGGGAACUCAGGGUUAUGCAGCGCCAGAAUAUGUAGCUACAGGUCGCCUUUCAGCAAAGAGCGAUGUCUAUAGUUAUGGGGUUGUGUUGCUUGAACUAUUAACUGGACGACGUGCACUUGACAAAUCAAGAGUUGGUGCAGAGCAGAGUCUGGUAGAUUGGGCAAAGCCAUAUUUAGGGGACCGAAGAAAGUUAUUUCGAGUCAUGGAUACCAAACUGGAAGGCCAAUAUCCCCAAAAAGCCGCUUACACUGUUGCUUCACUUGCUUUACGAUGUCUAAAUCCUGAACCAAGAUCAAGGCCUAAAAUGUCAGAGGUCUUAGAGGAACUCAAGAAGCUGCAGGACUUAAAAAAUGCAAGUAAAAGCUCCCUUGGUGGCAAAAACAUUUCCAGCCCCAUGAGGUCUCCAAUGAAAAACCAUCAUUCUCCCAUGCAUUAUACCCCCUCGGCAUCCCCACUGUCAUCUCAUCGACAAUCUCCCCGUGUUCGCUGAUUAUGGAGAGAUAGCACUUCAGUGUUUGUUGGUAUAUCUUUACCUUAAAAUGUAUGUAAAUAUUGGUGGUACAUCCUUGUAGAAGGCGGCCUAAAGCUUAGGUAAUGUUUUACUGUCACCUGCCCUUUUUUCUGACUUGGUCUAGAAAGAAAAGUUUUGUAUUUUUUUUAAAAUAUCUUAAUAUUUUUGGGGUGUGGUGCCAGUUCUCUGUUGUAUGUAUUUAUGAAAUUCGCUAUGUAGUUAGGAGCUUAAAAUGCUUCUAGAAUGCAUCUAUUGUAUUGAUAAUUUAAUAUCUAUAUUGAGUGAAAUGCUAGAUUUCCAAUUUUAUCCA